AAGCGAGCGCUCUACCAUCUGAGCUACAUCCCCUUCUGUUACAUUAUAUCAAACAGACGCAUUUCAACUUUCAUAAAUCUUCAAAGAUCGUUUCCUGGUUAUGGAUAAGAAGACGUGGAACAAUACGGAGAAACCGUGAGAGUGAAAGCUUCGAACAACGAAAAUGGUGACUGCUGCUAAGCUCUUACCUGAUUCCGUUACACCUUCAUCUCUCCUAAAUUCUCUAUUCAAUCAUCAUCCUCAUCCUCCUGCUACUUUUUCACAUUCUCGAAGCUUCCAACAGCCUCACCGGACCUUUAACACCAUCAGAGCUUCUGCACUCAACCGUCGGGACUUCAUUGCCGACACCGCCGCAGCCGCCGCCGCGCUUUCACUUACUGGAUUGGACAGUGGAACCUCUAUUGCUAAAGCUGAUGUGCUUUCUGAAUGGGAGAGAGUUUUGCUUCCGAUUGAUCCCGGUGUCGUACUCCUUGACAUCGCUUUUGUCCCCGAUGAUCCUUCUCACGGUUUUCUGUUGGGGACAAGACAAACUCUUUUAGAGACCAAAGACGGGGGCAACACGUGGGUUUCCCGCUCAAUAUCUUCAGCUGAAGAUGAAGAUUUUAACUACAGGUUUAAUGCCAUAAGUUUCAAGGGAAAAGAAGGAUGGAUUGUUGGAAAACCAGCAAUUCUGUUACAUACAGCAGACUCUGGAGACAGUUGGGAACGUAUACCAUUAAGUGCUGAACUCCCCGGAGACAUGGUGUAUAUAAAGGCAACGGGAGAAAAUAGUGCAGAGAUGGUAACUGACGAAGGUGCUAUAUAUGUUACAGCAAACAGAGGUUACAACUGGAAAGCGGCAGUACAAGAAACCGUUUCAGCUACUCUAAAUAGAACAGUUUCUAGUGGUAUUAGUGGUGCUAGUUACUACACAGGCACCUUCAAUACUGUGAACCGGUCACCUGAAGGAAAUUACGUUGCUGUUUCGAGUCGCGGUAACUUCUACCUGACUUGGGAACCGGGGCAGCCGUACUGGCAACCGCAUAAUAGGGCAGUUGCAAGAAGAAUCCAAAACAUGGGUUGGAGAGCAGAUGGUGGACUUUGGCUGCUUGUGCGUGGUGGUGGUCUUUAUCUCAGCAAAGGCACAGGGAUAACUGAGGAGUUCGAAGAAAUUCCAGUACAGAGUCGUGGUUUUGGUAUUCUUGACGUUGGUUACAGGUCAAAGGAAGAAGCUUGGGCAGCUGGAGGAAGUGGGGUCCUUCUGAAAACUACAAACAGCGGAAAGUCAUGGAGUCGUGAUAAAGCGGCUGAUAAUAUUGCUGCCAAUCUUUACUCGGUAAAGUUUAUCAACGACAGACAAGGAUUCGUGCUAGGAAAUGAUGGAGUCUUGCUAAAGUAUCUUGGAUAGUUUCAUGGUUCUGCAAAACUCGUAAUUUUGUAAACGCGAAAAAGUACCAUACAUAACAGGUACCACAGAGAAAAUAAGUUCACUUAAUAUUGAAUUUACGAUGUAUUUACUGAGCAACCCGACUCGUUGUGAUUGUUUGUGAACCCUUGUAAAUGAAUUCAAGAACGACACAACACAAUAAUUCUUCUUUUAUUGUAUGCAAGUCUUAUUUCGGUGUUGUUGAGUGGCCAAACUUUGGUUUUUGUUAAACUA